ACGCUAUAAUAAAAGAUUAAUAAAGAAGAUUUGUGUGUGGCAAGAAGUGAACAAAGUCCAAUCACAUCCCAUCCAAACAAAAGACAAUAAUUUUUCUUUACAAAUUAAGGAAAACUUUAAGAAAAUGUUUAAAAUUACUAAACAAGUGUUGAUUGCAACUAAAACUCCAAAUUUACUGCGUUACUCCUCAGCUGCUUUGCCCAGGACUAGAGAACAACAUGAAGCUAAAGAAGACACUAAAACAAAUGCCUCUUUUAUGGCCAAUAUAUUUCGGGGUAAUUUAGUAGCAGCACAAGUUUUUCCUUAUCCCGAUGUUCUAAGUCCGGAGGAUAAAGAUGUUACUAAAAGCUUAAAAGAACCAAUUUUAAGAUUCUAUAAAGAAUAUAAUGAUCCGGCCAAAAGUGAUGAAAAUUCUAAAACAGAUGAUUUAGCUUUGGAACAAUUGUGGGAAUUGGGUUGUUUUGCUGCUCAAGUUCCUCAGGAAUAUGGCGGUUUGGGUAUUAAUAAUACACAAUAUGGACGUUUGGGACAAAUAGUGGGUUACAAUGAUUUGGGUUUGGCCAUCACUUUGGGAGCCCAUCAAAGUAUAGGAUUCAAGGGUAUCUUAUUAUAUGGCACUCAUGAGCAAAAAGCCAAAUAUUUGCCACAAGUAACUACCGGUAGAGUAUAUGCUGCUUUUGCUUUAACAGAAGCUAGUGCUGGUUCCGAUGCCAGUUCUAUUAAAUGUAAAGCGGUAAAAUCGGCUGAUGGUAAACAUUAUAUAUUGAAUGGCACCAAAAUUUGGAUAUCCAAUGGUGGUUUUGCUGAUAUUUUUACUUUGUUUGCACAAACUGAAAUUGUGGAUCAGGCAACAGGAAAGAAAAGGGAUAAAGUUACAGCUUUUAUAGUAGAAAGAGCUUUUGGUGGCUUAACUAAUGGUCCACCGGAAAAGAAAAUGGGUAUUAAUGCCUCUAGUACCACAGAAAUCUAUCUAGAUAAUGUUAAAGUUCCGGUGGAAAAUGUUUUGGGCGAAGAAGGAGAAGGCUUUAAGGUUGCCAUGAAUAUAUUAAAUACUGGCCGCUAUGGUAUGGGAGCCAUAUUAUCGGGCAGCAUGAAAUAUUGCAUAGAAAAGGCAGUGGAUCAUGUAAAUAAUCGUAUACAAUUUGGUAAAAAACUGAAAGAAUAUGAGGGCAUAAAGGAAAAGUUGGCAUACAUGAGUAUGUUACAAUAUGUAACAGAAUCAAUGGCUUUUACCAUUUCACAAAAUAUGGAUGCUGGCAGCCAAGAUUAUCACUUAGAGGCGGCCAUAUCAAAAGUAUUUGCCUCCGAGGCAGCCUGGUAUGUAUGCGAUGAAGCCAUACAAAUACUUGGCGGCAUGGGUUAUAUGAAAGAAGCUGGUUUGGAAAGGGUUUUAAGAGAUUUACGCAUUUUUAGAAUCUUUGAGGGAACUAAUGAUAUUUUAAGAUUAUUUGUGUCAUUAACGGGUAUACAAUAUGCUGGUUCCCAUUUAAAAGAAUUACAAAAGGCCUUUAAAAAUCCUGCCGCUAAUUUGGGUUUAAUAUUUAAAGAAGCUUCACGACGUGCUGCCACAACAGUGGGCAUAGGCGGCACCAAUUUAUCACCUUUUAUAGUAAACGAGUUACAAGCUCAUGGCCAAGCUACCGCCGAGUGUAUAGACUUAUUUGGCCAGACAGUGGAGGCUCUACUCAUCAAAUAUGGCAAAAAUAUUAUAAACGAACAGAAUAUUCUUAACAGAUUGGCUAAUGCCGCCAUUGAUAUCUUUACAAUGGUUGUGGUAUUAUCACGUGCCAGUCGAGCGGUAGAAAAGAAACUAGCCACUGCUCAUUUGGAACUAAAUAUGACAAAAGCCUGGUGUUAUCAGGCUAAUGAAAGAUGCCGUACAAAUCUACGAAAUGCUACAGCAGCACAACAGCUAUCACAUUAUAAACAAUUAUCGGAAAUAGCUAAAACUGUAACAAAAUGUGGCGGCCCUAAGACGACUCAUAUUUUGGAAUAAAGAUUUUGAUAACAAUGAAUAUUUUAUGCAUGUAUUUAUUUUUUUAUUAUAUUUUAACAUAUAUCGAAUAUAUAUCAUUUUAUUUAUUAUACAAAUUUAACCUUACACUAUUAUAUUACUAUUUUAUAUACUCUGUAUCUGAUCUGUUCCAGUACUAGAGGUUUUAAUGCGAAUUAAUUACAAACAAAUUGUGUGUAAAACCUGCAACUAGAGCUACUGGAAGAAACUUAUUAAUAAAAUAUAUUAUUUAUCCUGUCAA